CAAUAACAAAACACAAGCAGGCCGCGGCGACGAAGAAUCGGGCCCGUUUUGUGUUCCGCGGACGAUCGGAGGUUCAAUCGAUUAAGUGUUGUUGCCCCACUGUGUGCUGUUUCCUGAUCUUCAAAAACGCUGAACGAUGAACGGGAAAAAAGGGAUUGAUCUACUUCGGACGAUAGCUUCCGUUAUGACGAAAACGAACGGCUACGACCGGUGCUUGCAGCAGCUAGUGAUGGUCAGCGGCGGAGAUGGGCGCUGCCUGGCGGAGUUUAAGGUGGGCGAGGAACACUUGAACCGUGCCGGUGGCUUGCACGGUGGCUUCACGGCCACCAUCGUCGAUGUGGUCACGACGUACGCUCUGAUGACGAAGGAAAACGCCGUCCCUGGCGUGUCGGUGGACAUUCACGUGAGCUACCUGAAGGGCGCCCGCCAAGGGGACGAUGUCGUCAUCGACGCGAACACGGUACGGGCCGGCCGCAACCUGGCGUUCCUCGAGUGUGAGCUGCGCCACAAGAAGGACAAUUCCAUCAUCGCCAAAGCAUCGCAUACCAAAUACAUAGGCAGUAGCUAGAGAAUAGCACACGAGGUGGCUCCGAAUGGGGUUCGUUGAAAGAGAAUGGUGAAAUAAAACUACGCUUUUGGGGGUUAGAUAUAGAGCAAACAAUAAACGGCAAAUGCACUGCAAUUGAAUGGAAAUGG